CUAAAUAAAAUAAACAAGUGGAUUUUUUUUUAUUAUCAAACAACAACUAAUUAAAAAAAUAUUUAACACAAGUGCUUAUUUGUGGGGAAGUUAAAGUGAUUUUAAAUUUUCAACAUGAAUCAUUUGUCACCACCACCCUCACCUCAGUCAAAGGCGGCUCAAUUUUCCUCAUCCUCAGCAGCUGUAGAUUCAAAAUCUUGGAUACAACGAGCUUCGGCCGUUAUGGCUACCGCGGCAGCUCAAAAACUUAAUUCCAGAGAUAUAUCUCCUUUGCUCUACAAUCCCCUGCUAUAUUCCAGUGCCCUGUUGUGGCCACAAUUCCUGCUCUCAUCGGCUUCCACUCUGCACACACCGCAUACACCCAUUACACCCAAAUCACCAUUUAAUGCCAGCCUCAAUAGCCGUGAUUAUGCUCUAACACCUGAAAAGGAAGAUCUUUCGGGGUCUUCGCAGGAAGAGAAUAUAAGCCUUAAUGAGGAUAUGCCUUUAAAUUUGUCCAUUAAAAGAGAGCCAAAUGAAGAACAAUUAUCAUCAUCAUAUAGCACGGGUACACCACCACCUUUAAGGGCGGUCAAUCUAAAAUCCUCCUCCUCACCGCAAACGCCAGAAGAUGACUAUGAGACAUCACCAAAGAUACGUUCGCAUGGUUCUUCAAUUUGGUCACCGGCUAGUAUGUGUGAAAAAUCUCUAAGAUGCUCAACGUCUGUGCAUAACAACCUCAACAACAACUCCUCCCAUAACCUCAAUCCCCAUACCUUGCCCCUAAAUAACAAUGAUGAUCUGCAAGAAAUGGAUCCCAUUGUUAGAAAAUUCAAAUAUGAACGCCGCAACAGCUUUACCCGCCAAACAGCCUCACAGGAUAGUAAUUUACUAACACCACUCUCUUCCAUAUCGGGUCCGGCCACAUUUCCCCGUGCCUCCUUUAACCAUAAGCCCAAUGCGGAUUUGGAUGCCGCUCAACAACAAAUCCAUGCCCAUCGUAAUGCUUUUAUGGCCGGUUUGGCUGGCAACAAUUUGGAGCUGUUGACGCAACAUUUAAAAGCUCAAACGCAGCGGGAAUUUGAAUUAUUGCGCCAGCAACGCAUUGAUUUGUUUGUGCAUCAGCAACAGCAGUCCAGUGAUAAUGACAGCAUAAGCGAAGAGUAUAGGGAACAGGAAAAUAAAUUAUCAUUGCUCCAGCAUCAUCAAUACAUAGCAGCGGCAGCAGCAGCAAAUGCGGCGGCGGCAGCCCAACAACAGCAGCAACAACAUCCUGAUUCAACGGCCGCUAUUGGCGGCAGUAGUCCAGCAGAUGGUAUGCAUUCGUCAUCAUGUCAUCCGGAUAGCGAUGGUGGUCAUAGCGGUGGCAAUAAUUCCAAUAAUGGUGAAAAGAGAACAGCUCGGAAUUUUCAGUGUAAACAAUGCGGCAAAGCUUUCAAACGUUCCUCAACACUCUCCACUCAUUUACUAAUACACAGUGAUACAAGACCAUAUCCUUGCCAAUAUUGUGGCAAACGUUUCCAUCAAAAAUCGGAUAUGAAGAAACAUACUUAUAUACAUACCGGUGAAAAACCUCACAAAUGCACAGUGUGCCUGAAAGCUUUUAGCCAAAGUUCAAAUUUGAUUACGCAUAUGCGUAAACAUACCGGUUACAAACCUUUCGGUUGUAAUCAAUGUGAUCAAGCAUUUCAACGUAAAGUUGAUCUGAGACGUCAUCGUGAGAGCCGCCAUGAGGAUCAUUCCAUGUCAACAGCUAAUAGCCAACCCCCCACCAUGGUGAAAAUGGAAGUAAGCAGCAGUUGUUGAGAGAGGGAAGCAUAGUCUCCUUCAAAAUUAAAAUAAUUAUGUAAAAGUAAAUAAAAUAGAGAUGCUAUAAAAAUAAAUCAAAAAGAUGCUCACAAAAAAAUGUGAGCAGAAACGUGUAACAAAAUUAUACUGCAGCUAAGAUUUGUUUUAAAGCCAAAGUUAGGACCCCCCUGCCAUGUUAGUUGAAACAAUGACUGCAAAAAUGAACUUACAACUAGUAAUCCAAAACAAACAAACCAACAAAUUGUACA